CACCCUGCAACUCUUGAUGUCGACCGAAGUCUGCGUUGUAGAUGGGGACUGGACACGUACCAAGCGUCUCACCCCAUGGUAUGACGACGGAAACGUCGUCCUCGUAGCCGCGGACUGCUCUGCACUGUAUCGCGUCCACCGCGGCAUAUUAUGCUCGUAUUCAUCCAUCUUUCGGGACAUGUUCACGGCCUCUUGUGGAGGACCAGAAGAAAUUGAGCGUUGUCCCGUCGUCCAUCUCACCGACUCGGCAGAGGAUCUGCAACAUGUUCUCAGGGCAUUUUACGACCGCAGUUAUUGCUCCUCGUCAGACGACGAGGUACCCAUUGCAGUAGUAGCUGCGUUUCUUCGUUUAGGCAAGAAGUAUGACAUUCCUCAUUUGUUUCAAGAGGCCAAGUCUCGGAUGGUCGCGGAUUUUCCGAGCAGUUUCACCGCGUUUCAUAGCGGAUUGACGGAGAACUGGAAAGUGACUUCACCCUGGGAAGUAACUUUGAGUAAAGAUAUCAUCUUCGCCAUGAUCAACCUUGCGCGGGAGAUGGACUUUCACGUUGUUCUACCUGCGGCGUACUACAUGUGUCUCGGCUACUGUUCUCUCGAAGAGAUCCUAACAGGAGCUCGAGAUGAAACUGGAGAGGUCGUGCAAGUUUUGUCUCCCGAGGCUCGACAGACCUGCGCUCUCGCCACUGAGCCGUUUUGGAGUCUCUCGAACGAAACUUUCUCCUUCCUGCGUAUUGAAUGCGACACUCAAUCUAUAUCCUGUGCGGAUGCGACGAAAGACUUUCUUCUGCGCUGUUUCUUCCCUGUUUCUACUGUGGCACCCCUGGACGACAUCCCUGAAGAUGUUAUGGCCGACUUGUGCGAGGUCUGCGCCCUUAGAGCUUCUGAAUCACAUCAAACCAAUCGCGUGGCUGUUUGGAAUCGUCUCCCUGGUAUCUUUGGCCUGCCUGACUGGGACAAGAUUAGGGAGUACGCAUGACAUCUCGGACGACAGGAUCGCGAUAUUGAUUGGAGUGAUCAUACUCCUGAGGGAUACAAAUGACGAGCUGGCCCUCGGCAGCGCUCUCCGACGCUUCAUCGCACGCAACACUCAAGAUUUAUGGAGCCAUCUCAUCUCAUCUAUGUAGACCCCGUUACAGAAGUUAACGCUACGGAUUCUUCAUUGAUCGUACUAAUACCUAGUCGUUGUCAUUAACGUUUUACUACAUGAACCAUCCUUUUUGUGUUCAGAUCAGGCGAGCAUAUUCUGCUUGCGGAGAACCUUUCCUACAGUACCGAUUAAUGGCGGGGCGAGAUGCGUAGUCCGGAUUCAAAAUCG